AUGAAAUUCACACUCCCCCUCCUCGCCCUCGCCGGCACCGCCUUUGCCCACAACUUCGUCACCCACUUCCACAUCAACGGUGUCGCCGACCCCGACUGCGUCCGCCAAGCCGUCUCCUCCGACCCCAUCUUCGACAUCUACAGCGACGCCAUGGCAUGCAACAACAUACAACGCCUCGCUCCUAAAAAAUGCGUCGUCCAAGGCGGAGACGCCGUCGGCUUCGAAUGGCGCGUCGACCGCAACACCCCCCCCGCCGACUUCCCGCUCAAGGACGGCUACAUCCCCGUCGGCGUCACCGACGACUCCCACAAGGGGCCCUGCUCCGUCUACAUGAAGAAGGUCAGCGACUCGUCGACCGCCGACGGCCCUGGCGACGGCUGGUUCAAGGUCUCCGAGGACGGCCUCGAUUCCGCCGGCUCCUUCUGCAGCGAUCGCAUCCGCCUCGCAAACGCGCCGCAGGCAGGUAUCAUCCCGAGAAACAUCGAGUCCGGCGAUUACAUCCUCCGCGCAGAGAUGAUCACUCUCAACGAUGCUGGCCCUGCAUCCCGGGGCGGCGCUGAGCAGCCGCAGUUCUAUACGGGAUGUGUCCAGAUCACGGUCGAGGGCGCCUCGGGGACGAACCCGGACACCGUCAGUAUCCCUGGCCACCUCAAUAUGGGCAUGAAAGGCAUGAUCUAUGACAUCUGGACCCCGGCCAACGGCCCCUACAGCGACUACACUGUCCCUGGCCCCGCGCCGCUGUUGAACCUCGUCCCCUUCAAGGCUGGUGUUUCGCCUGCUACCGUCGGUGGCUCAAGCGGUUCUACACCCUCCACUAAGGCAUCAUCAUCAAAGCCCGCUUCCACCGCCGCCGCAUACACCUCGCAGGUCGCUGCCACCUCCGUCCGCGCACCCGCAACAACCACUGAAGCGUCUGCCGUCACUAGCACCCCCGCCUCUUACGAUGAUGUUGAGGACGUUCCAGCUGAGACCAGCGCCGAGGAUGUCCCGGCUGAGACUGGCUCUGAGGACGUCCCGACUGAGACCAGCGCCGAGGAUGUCCCGACUGAGACCAGCGUUGAGGACGUUCCAGCUGAGACCAGUGCACCAGCCCACGAAGCACCCACCCAGGCACCUGUUGUUGUGGCCACGACUGUCACUUGCACUACCCUCGUGACGAGCUACACAACUGUCUCUGUCACCGCCGGCGAGACCACGUCGACGGUCGUUGUGGACGACUCAACCCCCGCCAGCGAGGUGGCAGCGGAGCCGACAAAGGCGUAUGGUGGACAUGGCCACCGCCGCGGCGGAAGGGCGCACAGGAAGAGGCAUCACUUGUAG